UUUCAUACAAAUCGGUUGCGUUUGAACGUCAUCGCAUUUCUCCAGACGCGGUAGUUCGCGUAAUGAGUGUGCGUUGAAAUCUUUUCAAGAUGUUUACGAAGUUUAUUUUUAUGUAUUUUUUUGUUUGCUGCUUGGAUGUGUUUUGUGCUGAUGCAUUACAAUCUGGGGAUCCCGGUGUAUGUAUUGUUCAAACCAGCUAUCAAAAUUUGAGAUGGAAGACAUUUAAUGUGGCGCUUCAAAAAUGGUGUGGCAGAAGGAGAUGUGUCGAGAAGAAAAGGAGACGAGAAACGUACAUGUUGACAAGGAACCAGGCGGUGUGCUGCAAGGGCUGGGGCUACCGAAGCGAGGACGACAGCUGCGCCCCCCUAUGCAGCACCGGCUGUCUCGGCGGCCGUUGCGUUGCGCCCGACCGCUGUCACUGCGACCCGCCAGCGCACCUCGACCCCGUGCGCGGCAACGUCUGCCUGCUGCCUGUCUGCGACCCGCCUUGCUUCAACGCCAACUGUGUUGCCAACAACACCUGCGAAUGCGAACCUACCUACGUCAGGCACAACGCUACGCACUGUUACCGCUGCGACCCAGGAUAUGCCGUUGAUGAAGACUUUAACUGCGCCCCCGUGUGCGACCGACCUUGCGCCAACGGACAAUGCAUCGGACCAAACAUCUGUGGGUGCUCCUCCGGUUAUACGGUUAAGGACACGUUUACAUGUGAACCGGUUUGUGAAAACGCUUGCGUUAAUUCAGUUUGUACCGCUCCAAAUGUUUGCACAUGUUUGGAGGGUUAUACUGAAGUUAACAGUACUUGCGUUCCGCACUGUGACUCUUGUGAUCAUGGCCAAUGUGUUAGACCAAAUGUUUGUGUUUGCGAUGCCGGGUACACAAAUGGGAGCAGCGGUUGUGUGCCAGCGUGUGACCAGACUUGUGUGAACGGGGUGUGCUCGGCGCCGAAUGUGUGUUCCUGUAUGGAGGGUUACGUCAAAGACGAUGACUUCAGAUGUGUGACACCGUGCCCCAAGGAGUGUCCGGGCGGCUGCGACGACGAAGGAACAUGUCUCGACUGCAGCGUGCCAUUUAGGCUGGUCAGUAGAAGAACGCCACGAGAAAGAGUGAUUAAAGAAAAACUGGUGUGCUGUCCAAGCUGGAAGUAUGACUCGCGCAGCAAUAAAUGCCUCUAUUACUGUAGAUUUGGUUGUGAAAGAGGCAAGUGUGUGGGGCCCGACAAGUGCAGCUGUGACCCGCCCCUGCAGCUGAUCGGCCACAAAUGCGUGGAACCCGAAUGCGACCCACCCUGUCAGCAUGGACAAUGUCAUCCAAAUAAUACCUGUAUAUGUGACGCAGAUUUCGAGAAAAUUAAUUCGUCAUAUUGCGCACCUAAAUGCGACCCUGGAUAUCAACGACAGUGCAUCAACGACUCCUGCGAUUCCGACGUCGAUUCCGAUACUUUAAUGUGCAAACCGGUAUGCGAGCCAAAAUGCAUUCAUGGGGAUUGCGUUGCGCCCGGCGUCUGCAAAUGUCAUGAAGGUUAUCAGAAUGAAAGCUAUACGGAGUGUACGCCGGUGUGCAUCGCGUGCGGCAAUGGUACUUGUGUAGCUCCCAACAAAUGUCAAUGCUUCAAAGGUUAUUCCCAAGAUGAAAGUGGUUCGUGCGUACCUUACUGUGAAACACCAUGUGUCAAUGGUUUUUGCUCGGCCCCGAACGUUUGCUCCUGUCAACAAAAUUAUACUUUAGAAAACAACAUAACGGUACAAAAAUGCAUGCCAGUUUGUUCACAACCCUGCGUCAAUGGAUACUGCGAGUCACCGAAUACCUGUGCCUGUGAGCCGGGCUUUGUGAAAAUCAACGGGAGCUCAACUAUCUGUCGCAAGGAAUGCGAAGGGCCGUGUGAAAAUGGUGUUUGCACAUUAUUCGGACAUUGCGACUGUAAUCAAGAUUUUCAAUUUGAAAAUGGAACCUGUGUUCCUGCAAACAUUACUAAGUUGGAUUGCGAGGCGUGCGGGGGUCACUGUAUAGCCGGCGACUGCCGUUGCGAUGACGACAGCCCGUGCUCCAUGACUGCUGCUGUGGAAACUGCUGAGAUCGAGUCCUCCGCUAGAUUAGCCGGGUUAGAGCUGUCGUGGGUUGUUGGAGGUGCUGUGAGCUUGCUUCUGCUUACUCUAAUGAUUGCUAUCUUCGGACACAUGUGGAAAAAGAGAAAGGACUAUGGAGUCAAAGCCACUGAUAAUAAUGGUGGUGCUUUCAGUAGUGUGGCAUAUACUGUACCUGGUACCCUCCUUACUAUGGGAGGUGAGAGAAGAGAGGCCAGAGACAAUGAGAACGAAUAUGACGCAGUAAACAACGAAGAUCCGAACCGAGCUGCAGCCGAAGCGUUACUCGAAGAUAAAACCGUUCGCGAUGUAUAACAUUAAAAUAUAACUACGGGUUUUCACACUCGAAACUUAACAUUUUGUACGUGAUAUUUAAAUGCCGUGGCACUUGCAUACUAUUGCUAUCUCUGUCUUUCUCAAACGGAAUGAAAGGGAUGGCAUUAUUAGAUGUCCCGACAGUGGAAUAUCGUGGUUAUUACAAAUGAUAAAACAGAAGAGAGCAAACAUUUCAAAUUAUGUUUCGUUUUAAAAAUCAAGUUCCAAAUUUAAAAUUUUCGAA